AAAUGUAAAUAGGUGAAAAACCAAACCAAAUGUCAUUUUCCUCAGCACGACAACAUCAGUAGUAGCAAGCAACAAACAAACUCUCUCUCUCUCUCUCUCUCUCUCUCUCUCCCCGACACUCAGAAUCUCAGGUUACUAACCUCUCACUUCUUCCUAUUUCCUCCUUUGAAGAAAUAAUGUCAAGUGGAGCAACACACUGGUGUUAUGAAUGCAAUCGGCCAAUUGUGCUUGAAGGGAGAGACGUCGUUUGCCCUUACUGUGAUGAGGGAUUUGUACAAGAACUUAACGAGAUGCGAGGCACUGCACCUCAAAAUACCUUUCCAUCACGCUCGGGAGAGUUUAAUCAAAUGCCUGACUUAUUUGAUGCUAUACAUGCUUUUGUGGGACACAGAGGUUCUGACAAUAGGUUUGGGCUUAUGGAUGCUGUUGAUAAUUUCAUGAGGCAUAGAAUGGCUGGAAUGCACCCAAACUUUGAUGUUAGAGGGAGGUCUAGUUCUGUCCCAGUUCCUGAACAGGGCUGGGGCGUUUAUAGUUCUGGUCCUUUUUUAGUAUUUCACGGUCAAGUUCCUGGACUAACCUUGCCUAAUGGAAGCCCGAGAGGUGGUCCUAGGCGUGGCGAUUUUGGUGACUAUUUUAUGGGUUCUGGACUGGAAGAACUUAUUGAACAACUAACCAUGAAUGAUCGGCGUGGUCCACCCCCAGCUGCACGAUCUUCAAUUGAUGCCAUGCCUACUAUUAGGAUCACACAGGCGCAUCUUCGCUCCGAUUCACAUUGUCCAGUUUGCAAAGAAAAAUUUGAACUUGGUUCUGAAGCCAGAGAGAUGCCAUGUGACCAUAUUUACCAUUCUGAAUGCAUUGUUCCUUGGUUGGUUCAACAUAACUCAUGUCCUGUUUGCCGUGUUGAGCUACCACCCCAAGGACAGAUGAGUUCUCGUGGUAGUAGUCGAAGCAACAGUGGUGGAAAUGGUAGCUCAAGGGGCAGGGAGAGUGACCGUCCAAACAAUGGAAGGAGAAAUCCGUUUUCGUUUCUGUGGCCGUUCCGUUCUUCUAGUUCAAACAAUAAUCAAUAUUCUGAGACUGGAGGUAGCAGCUCUUCAACCAAUGCUGACCAGAAUAAUGGAACACGUUAUAAUGGAUGGCAUUAUGAUAACUAAAAGCUGGGCUUCUUGUCCUAGAUAAGUAUCAAUGCUUGUCUAAUAAUGCUUGUAAUAUGAAUGAGAAGGUAAGAUAUAUUAAUAUUAAUAUUGUAAUUUGAACUUUAUCUCAUGCAAGGGAGAUAGUAGAUAGAAGUAUGUUAAAAAUCUUUGUACAUGUUAUUAUUCAGUAAGUUGAAUCUCUUUGAAGCUUUCACAU